AUGUCCACAGAAAAGCCCAAACUUGUCCUUGCCUACUCUGGAGGUCUUGAUACUUCUGUCAUCCUCAAGUGGUUGUGCGAAAAGGGAUUUGACGUCAUUGCCUUCUGCGCCAACGUCGGUCAAUUCGAAGAAGAUUUCGCCGCCGUCAAGGCCAAGGCCGUCGCUGUUGGUGCUUCCAAGUGCAUUGUUACUGACCUUCGUAAGGAGUUCGUCACUGACUAUGUUUUCGAAGCUGUCAAGUGUAACGCCAUGUACGAGGGACGAUACCUUCUUGGUACCUCCAUCGCCAGACCAUGCAUUGCCAAGGAAAUGAUCCGCAUCGCCACUGAGGAAGGUGCCACUUACAUUGCCCACGGUGCCACCGGAAAGGGAAAUGACCAAGUUCGUUUCGAAAUGUGCGCCCAAGCUCUUUCCCCAACUGUCCAAUGCGUUGCCCCAUGGCGCGAUGCUGAGUUCAUCGAAUCCUUCAAGGGACGCAGUGACUUGUUGGCGUACUGCAACAAGCACGGCAUCCCCGUCGAUGCUAAGCCUAAGGCUAACUACUCCAUCGAUGAGAACCUUUUCCACACUUCUUACGAAAGUGGAAACUUGGAGGACGCCAUGAGCCCCCCUGAAGAGUCCAUGUUCAAGAUGACCGUUUCCCCCAAGAGCGCCCCUGACGCUUCCGAGACCGUUCAAAUUGAAUUCUCCAAGGGUAUCCCAGUCAAGAUCACCAACACCACUGACGGAACCGUAAAGACUGAUCCACUUGACAUCUUCCUAUACUGCAACAUGAUCGCAGGAAAGCACGGUAUUGGCCGUAUCGAUAUCGUCGAGAACAGAUUCGUCGGAAUCAAGUCUCGCGGUGUCUACGAAACCCCAGGAGGCACACUCUUGAGAACUGCCCACUUGGACUUGGAAGGAAUCUGCAUGGAUCGUGAAGUCAAGAGAAUCACCGAGACUCUCUCCAACGAGUUCGCUCGUCUCUGCUACAACGGAUUCUGGUUCGCACCUGAAAUGGAACUUAUCCGUCACUCUAUUACCUUCUCACAAAGAGAUGUUGAUGGUCUUGUCGAGAUCGAACUUUACAAGGGUAACGCCACCAUCACCGGACGUAAGUCCCCCAAUGCCCUCUACAACGCCGACUUGGCCUCCAUGGACAUUGAGGGAGGAGGUGAUGCCUUCGACUACAACCCAGCUGAUGCCCAAGGUUUCAUUCGCAUCAACGCCGUCCGCCUAAAGACCUACGCCGCCCUUCGUGCCAAGGACCAGAAAUGA